ACGCAGGAGGACGUGUUCCGGGCGUGCGGCGUGCGGCGCCUGGGCGAGCUGGCGCUGCGCGGCUACUCCUGCACCGUCUUCACCUUCGGCCAGACCGGCUCCGGGAAGACCUACACCCUGACGGGGCCUCCUCCCCAGGGAGAGGGGGUGCCUGUACCCCCCAGCCUAGCUGGCAUCAUGCAGAGGACCUUCACCUGGCUGUUAGACCGCGUGCAGCACCUGGGUGGCCCUGUCACCCUCCAGGCCUCCUACCUGGAGAUCUACAAUGAACAGGUUCGAGACUUGCUGAGCCCGGGGGCUCCCCGGCCCCUCCCUGUUCGCUGGGACAAGACCCGGGGCUUCUAUGUGGAACAGCUGCGGGUGGUGGAGUUUGGGAGUCUGGGGGCCCUGAUGGAGCUUCUGCAAAUGGGACUCAGCCGUCGGAGGAGCUCAGCUCACACUCUGAACCAGGCCUCCAGCCGAAGCCAUGCCCUGCUCACACUCUACAUCAGCCGCCAAACCCAGGUGCCUCCUGUGGACCCCGGGGAACCCCCUGUUGGGGGGAAGCUGUGCUUUGUAGACCUGGCGGGCAGUGAGAAGGUGGCGGCCACAGGAUCCCGCGGGGAGCUGAUGCUCGAGGCCAACAGCAUCAACCGCAGCCUGCUGGCCCUUGGUCACUGCAUCUCCCUACUGCUGGACCCACAGCGGAAGCAGAGCCACAUCCCCUUCCGGGACAGCAAGCUCACCAAGCUGCUGGCAGACUCGCUGGGGGGGCGCGGGGUCACCCUCAUGGUGGCCUGCGUGUCCCCCUCGGCCCAGUGCCUUCCAGAGACUCUCAGCACCCUGCGGUACGCCAGCCGAGCACAGCGGGUCACCACUCGGCCACAGGCCCCCAAGUCCCCUGUGGCAAAGCAGCCCCAGCGUUUGGAGAUGGAGAUAUUGCAGCUCCAGGAGGAGAACCGGCGCCUGCGGUCCCAACUGGGCCAAAGGGACCCCAAGACCUCAGGGCUCAGUGGGGCCCGCGUGUCCUGGGCCCAGCAGAACCUCUACGGGAUGCUUCAGGAGUUCAUGCUGGAGAAUGAGAGGCUCAGGAAAGAAAAGAGCCAGCUGCAGAGUAGCCGGGACCUGGCCCGGGAUGAGCAGCGCCUCCUGGCCCAGCAGGUGCACGAGCUGGAGCGGCGCCUCCUCUCUGCCUGUUACCUUCAUCAGCCGGGCCCUGGCCCAGCCCCACCGUGUCCCUGUGUGAUGGUGCCGGCUCCCUCCUGCCAUGCCCUGCCACCCCUCUGCUGCCCCUGCAGCCACCUGUGCCCCCUGUGCCGAGCACCACUGGCUCCCUGGGCCUGCCCACGGAGGGAGCUCUACCUGCCCCAGGUGUUGGGCCCUCAGGCCCCAGGCGGCGUGCCCCUGUCUGCCCAGCCCCCGCCCUGGGCGCCCCCCUGCAGCCCUGGCUCUGCCAAAUGCCCGAGAGAGAGGAGUCAGAGUGACUGGACUCAGACCCGAGUCCUGGCGGACAUGCUGACCAAGGAGGAGGUGGUACCCUCUGCACCCCCGCUGCCCGUGGGGCCCCCGAACACAUCGCCAGUGCUGAGAGGUGGAGCUGCGGUUCCAAACCUGGCCCGGAGGCUGGAGGCCCUCAAAGACCACAUCGGCAGCUCCCUGCGGCGUGGCCGGAGCCAGCCGCCCCCCAGUGAGGGCACGCGGAGCCCUGGCCGCAUCCUCCCUCCCUGCUGAGGACACAGAGGAAACCCGGGAGAGCUCCGAGUGACCUCGGGUGGGGAUCUGCGCUCCUGGGCUUCAGUGUCCCCGUCUGUUAAAUGGGGCUGGCAGCUGCUGCUCCACUCUGUGGCCAGGCUGGACCGAGGACAGUUCCUG